CAUAGCGGAGAGGGAAACACAGUGAGAACAUAAAAAGAGAGCGCGCAAAGUCAGUCUUGGAAAUAUAACUCGUAUAGUGUAGAAAUUAAUUUAAAUUUCAACCAAGAACCAAGACGAGCGGUUGUCGAUUUCUCAGGGCUUAGUUAGGCACCUGCACUAAGAAAACAAACAGAAUUAACGGAAGAAGCCAACAUACCAGCCAAUAAAAUGCCACCAGAAAUGGACUCAGGGAUGUGCGAGUUCUCCUGGAUCAGCCUGUCGUGCCUGUUGUGCGAGCAGACUUUCGGCUCUGCCGAGAAACUGCAGGACCACCUGAUCGUCCACUUUCCGCAGCCGGUAGACAGGAGCCACAUCUGUGACAUCUGCGGACGUGGGAUGCGAUCGCCGCUGGAGCUGCACCAGCACUACAAUCGGUACCAUGAGGCUCAUGUAACUAACACCGACGAGGGCCAGUUCCAGUGCCAGUUGUGCGAUAAGGUUUUCCUCCUGCAGGACUAUCUGAAUGUGCAUGUAAAGAUCGAGCACUCGAGCGAGGGUUACCGUCCAGCGGAGAUGUACUCGGCGUGCGCGAAGCCCUACCAAAGCCAUGAAGACUUGACCAACGACGAUGAGGAUAAUUCAGUCUUAUGUCCACCCCCAAAGCGGAAGUAUCCACCACGCUCGCCCUUCUUUAAUCCAGAUCUUGGCCUGGACGGAGUCGGCACCUUCUGGUGAUGACUUAUCCAACUGGUAUAUAUAUUUUCUCCUAUUAAGCCAUUUCCCAAGCAUUAGCCAGUAUUGCGAUUAGCUUCGGGAGUUGAUCACCGAGUGAUUCUCCGACAGCACAACGAAUGUGUAAAUAAAACCCGUUGCCUUAUGAUUUAAUUAAAAUGUAUUUCGCUUUA